AUGUUCAAAAGUAGUAAAAAUAACAAACCAAAAAAACGAACUAAAGAAGGCGGUGGUGGAGAAGCAUUGAUGCAACAGUUGGGCUUUCAAAUGCCGAACUUCGAUGAACCGAACCUCAAUGCUAUUGAUGAUGAUGAUGACGAUGAUGAUCUUGAAGCUGAAUUAAAACAAAUGCAACAAGAUGUUGGUGGUCAUGCAUCAAAACGUUCUAAAGCUAAUUCAAAAAAGCCAGGUAAUGCAGCUCCAGAUCUUCAAUCAUUUCAUAAUGAUGUUAAUAAACUUCUCACGGAUAUUGAUCGACCUAUAAAUGAUGAUGAAUUAUCUGAAGGUGACGAAGAGGAUCUUCUUGCUGAAUUACAUGAUAUUGCUGGUGAAAUAGAAAGUGAACAACAAGAUAAACAUAUUGAAACAAAACAAGUACAAUCAAUAUCAAAUAGCAAUAUAUUAUCAAUACUUGAAAUACGUCUAGAUAUGUAUAAAAAAGCUGUAGAAACAGCUAAAACAAGUGGAGAUGCUUCGAAAAUUCGACGACUAGAUCGACAACUUAAACUUAUUCAAGAAUUACUUCAAUCAGCUCGAAUUGGUGCACAAAUUAAUGAAAAUGAUAUUCCACCUGAACUUUUUAUUCCUACUUCUUCGUCAUCUCAACCAAAAAUCAUUUCAGAAGACGUAUCUGUUCGAGAUUCUUCUCUUCCACCAUCAUCACUACCAUCUGCAACAUCUUUAUCAAUCGAUAAUAAACCAAUCAUUUCUCAACAAUCAGCACCAAUCGUGUCAGCUUCUAAUACAAAUGAUGCAGCUAUUGAACGACUUAAAUCAUUAGCUUUACAAGCAAAAAGAGAUGGUGAUAUAAACAAAGCCAAAGAAUAUCUUAUUCAAAUGAAAACUUUGCAAGGAGGAGCAACAGUUGUUUCGAAUCCGGCUCCUGCUCCUCUUCCCCCUUCUGUUCCUUCUUCUUCUUCUGCACAUAUAGAAAUACCUAAUAAUAAUCCUGAUGACGAUGAUUCAUCCGCACUAAUUGUACCAUUAAAAGCACCAGAACCACGUACUGUAAUGGAAGCAUUACAACAACGACAUGAAGAAUUAGUCAAGCGACAUCAAGAAGCCAUUAGUAAAGGAGAGAGUUCUAAAGCAAGACGAAUGGAUCGACUUGCCAAACAAUAUCAAGAAGCUAUUGAUGCUACACGAAAAGGUCGUCCAUUUGAUUAUAAUGAAUUAGCAGAAUUACCUGGUUUUGCACCAAUUCCUAUUCAACAAUCGAAACCUCCUCAAGUACAACCAUCUACUACUGGUACUAUUGCUGCUACAGGAGCAUCAGGAAAACCAUUGCAAUCACCUACAUUAGUACGAUCAUCACAAGCUCCACAACAGCAAACAACUCUUUCAACGAGUUCUAUUCCACAACAGCAAACAUCUCUUCCGACGACUUCUAUUCCACAAGUAGAAUCUAAACCUUCAACCAAUACACGAAAAGAUCAGCAAUUACAAACACUUCAUCUUAAAAAAGAACAAUAUAUAAAAUUUGCUUUACAAGCUAAACAGAAAGGUGAUAUUGAUACGGCUAAAAAACAUCUUUUGGCUUCUAAAGAAAUUGAAAAAAAGAUUGAAUCUGUUGAAUCUGGAUUAUCUAUUGAUAUGAAUCAAAUAUCUGAAUUAGCUAAUGAAAAUAUUGAAAUUAUUCAUGAGGAUGAAUUAACAGAAGAACUUCGACAAUCUGAUCGUGAUACAAUAUAUCGUCGUUUAGAAGAUGAUCUUCUACGACAAAUGCAAUUAUGUGCACGUAAUCAACAAAUGUAUGCACAAAUGGAAGGUUCAAAUAAUAUAAAACAAGCAAAUGAAUUUAAAAUUCUUGAACAACGUUGUGCACAUGAUAUAGAACAAUUAAGAAAAUGUUUUCAACAAGGUUUAAAACCACCCGUAUUUCAUUAUGAAACAAGAAAAUUGAAUAUUAUACAAGUUAAUGAUGAUUUAACAGAUCAAGAUCUUGAGGUAAAUGUUCUUCGUGGUAUAAAUUUACGUGUUCCAUCGGGUUUUUCGUCAACAUCUAUUGAAACUUAUGUUAUUAUUGAAUUUCCUUAUCCACCAGAAACUCCACAAACAGCUCGAACACGUCAUGGAACUGGUUCAAUAAAUGCUGAAUAUUCUGGUUCAAUACAUAAAUUUCAUAUAAAACGAAAUGAUGGAAAAUUUAAACGUUUAAUGAGUCGAAAAGAAUUAAAAUUAUCAAUAUUUUAUCGAGUUGGUUUUCUUCGUACAGAUCGUCAAUUAGGAAUAGCAUCAAUUAAAUUAGCACCAUUAGAACAAACACCAACAAUACAUGAAUCAGUUGAUAUUCAUGAAACAGAUCAUAAAAAAAAACCAGAAGGAAAAUUAGAAGUUAAAAUACGUAUUAAAGAAGCAUUUGGACCAACAAAAUCAUCUGAAGUAUUAUCACAACAAUGGCUUGUUAUUGAUCGUUUUGAAGAAAAAUCUAAUAAUAGUAAAUCAUCAACAUCAAAAUCACCAUCAACAGCUCCAUCGAUUAAUGCUAUUGCAUGCCUUGUACCUAGAAGCGAUGCUCUAGGUUUCUUGGCACUAAAUUUGGCUAAUCAUUUAAAUAAUAAUAAUAAUAAUGAUAAUGAUAAUGAUGCGGUAAUUGAUAGCAGUCGAUCAAAUAUAAUUGAAUCAAAUAAUGAUAAUCAUCAUCGUGAUAGUCAACAAUCAGUUGGUUAUCAAAGUAUACAAGUACUUAAAUAUGAAGCAGAUCUUCUUCAAGAACAGAUCGAAAACCUUGAAGAUUAUCUUACAAAAGAUCAAAUCGAUCAAUUACGAGUAAAACAUCAAACACUUUUGAAACAAAGUGAUGAAAUAGUUGCAAAUAUACGUCAAGGUGGGAAACAAGCUGUACAAGAACAUGUUCAAGGUCUUGAACAAUUAAUGGAACGGUAUAAUAAAGAAGCAGAUGAAUGUCGUCAACGAAAUGAUAUAAAAAAAGCUGAUCUAUUCGUACAUAAAAAGGAUCUUGUUGCUAAAGAAAUUGAAACAUUUACCAGUUAA